AUGUCGUCUGACGAGCUGACAUCGUUCCUGGACGAGCAUGAGCAAGAGAAAGAUGAGCAUGACAGUCGAUCCAAACACACCAGGAGGAGAGCUCCAGUUAUCACCAUUCUGGUGGUAACGAACAUAGCUCUCCUGGUCGCUUGCGUCUUCUUGGCGUUCAAGCUGAGCUCGAUAUCACAUGGACGGUCUGCAAACUCGAGUGUUCCCGACCCAUAUUCUCCUGCCAAUGCUGUCAUCGAAUAUGAGCAACGCAAGAUGAUCUUCAACGAUACCCGGUUCACCGGAUACCCGUCAGCAAGCUGGGAAGAUUACAUGCACGAUUUGUUGGAAGGGACGCUGUUGCGUGUAUCGGACGAUGAACUCCAACAACAUGGAUUCGACUCGAUACCCCUGAAAGACGGUGGUUACGCUGCCGGCCUCGGGAUCGCACACAACCUGCACUGCGUGAAGAAGAUCAAAUUGUUCCUGUAUCGAGAUUACUUCUACUCGGAUCUGGAUCCGGAAGGUGCGGAGUAUGCUCAUACUCAGGAACAUGCAGGUGGGUUACUCGUCUCCUAA